AUGGCAAGCCGUUCACGAGUGUCCCUGGCUCUACGCCGAGCUCGAAUAUCCCCAAUCCCCUGUUCAAGACCCAUACGACCGCUUUCCCAGUUCCGAUGGACAAGUACCGCAACUACAGAAGAUAGCGAAGGGGUAGCAAAAGGCACCACAGGCUCCUCAAAAACAAUUAAAUUUACCUCCGAAACCUAUCCCGAGAUCAAACGAGACUCCAAGUUCGCAGAAAUUACUGAAGAUCACGUCAAAUUCUUCAAACAGCUGCUGGGUAAGGAAUCGGCGAUUAUCGAUGGCGUAACGAAAGAUGCUACAGAUGAUAUCGAGCCUUUUAAUGGGGAUUGGAUGCGGAAAUAUCGGGGGCAUACGAAGCUAGUGUUGAAACCUGGAUCAACCGAGGAAGUCAGUAAGGUGUUGAAAUAUUGCAAUGAUAACAUGCUGGCUGUUGUACCGCAAGGAGGUAACUCAGGAUUGGUCGGAGGUUCGGUGCCCGUGUUUGACGAAAUUGUCAUUACUAUGAGCCGGAUGAACCAAAUAAGGUCUUUUGAUGAAGUCUCCGGAGCUCUUGUUGUAGAUGCUGGUGUGAUUUUGGAGGUCGCGGAUAGUUUCUUACAGGAGAAGAACCACAUAUUUCCGUUAGACCUUGGUGCCAAAGGAUCUUGCCAUAUUGGAGGGAAUGUUGCUACCAAUGCUGGUGGCUUACGGUUAUUACGUUAUGGAAGUUUACACGGCAAUGUACUUGGCAUUGAAGCAGUAUUGCCAGACGGAACAAUCAUGGACGACCUUGGACAAUUAAGAAAGAACAACACUGGAUAUGAUCUCAAGCAAUUGUUCAUUGGAGGCGAGGGUACUCUUGGGAUUAUUACUGGUGUCUCCAUUAUGUGCCCUCAAAGGUCCAAUGCCAUCAAUGUGGCCUUCUUUGGUCUGGAGUCCUACGAGAAAGUUCAAUUGGCGUUUCAGGAAGCAAAGGGCCAACUCUCGGAGAUCCUCUCCGCAUUUGAGCUCAUGGACGUUCAGAGCCAGGAUCUGGUCCAGAAAGUCACAGGGAAUAAGCGUCCACUGGAGAGCGAGCACCCAUUUUACUGUUUAAUCGAGACAAGCGGAUCAAACUCCGAACACGACAACGAGAAGCUUGAGAAAUUCCUCGAAGAUGUUAUGGAGAAGGAAAUUGUCUCAGAUGGAGUCGUUGCCCAAGGCCAAACACAAGUCAAGGAGUUAUGGGGCUGGAGAGAAGGCAUACCAGAAUGUCUCGGCCACUGGGGAGGUGUGUACAAGUAUGACUUGUCAAUACCGAUCAAUGAGCUCUAUGCACUUGUCGAAGAAACACGAGAAAAGAUCCAUAACUCUGGCCUGCUCGGAGAUACCGAUGAGCACCCUGUGGUUGAUGUUGUCGGUUACGGUCAUAUGGGCGACUCGAAUCUUCAUCUGAACGUCGCGGUUCGAACAUAUGACAAGAGGGUCGAGAAGGCGUUGGAACCUUUCGUAUAUGAGUGGAUCGCGAAGCGGAAUGGAAGUAUCAGUGCAGAGCACGGCUUAGGUCUUGCCAAGAAGAACUAUAUCGGAUACAGCAGAAGCGAUACAAUGAUCAAUUUAAUGAAGCAGAUCAAGAAUCUUUACGAUCCCAACGGAAUCAUGAACCCAUAUAAAUACAUAUAA